CCUCAGUGCCUCCCGGGAACACGAACAGAAAUCAUGAGGCAGGUGGUGGAAUGGGUGUUGUCGGAUUCGGACAAGAAUGUGUUUUGGCUACACGGUGUUGCAGGAUCUGGUAAGAGCACGGUCAGCACCACCAUUGCAGAAUACUUUCGUGGCAUAUCUCGUCUUGGUGCCCAUCUAUUUUUUGAACGUGGGAAGAGU